UCGUUUCUAGGGAUUAUUCUAAGGACUGUCGAUAAAGUUUUCUGUCGUAAAAUCAUUUCCAAUCGAUACGAUAGAGUGUGACACGAAAACGAGUACAAAUAUUCAUCGAUUAACUCGCAUUGCACUGGUGGACCUCUCCUUGUCAAUGGAAGUUUGUGCUCUGGCUUCCAGUCACGUGGUCAUGGGGAAUGAGCCAAUCAUAAUUGACGUUAUGUACCACGUGAUCGGAAAAAUCGAAAUGGUGGACGUAUCGGGACGCAGGAUCCCGAGAGGAGACGAAGGACGAUAAACUGGGCAAGGGCCCGUCAUCUGUAUCAUCGAUAUUAUCAAACCAAGAACACGAUUAACCACGAAUAUUGGUGUAAUUUCAAGUAAAACCGGCGACGUUAGAUCUAGUGUAGAAGUAUAUUGGUGAUAGUAGAUCUUGUUUACUGAAGUGUCAAUCCGCCCGUAUUGUACGUGUAUUCUUUUGGUGCGAGAAACAGAGGGAUAGUGUGUAUCGAGUCCGCGAGAGCCACAGAUGCACCUAUCAUUCUUUGGAUAGUAUGUUUCGUAACGGUGAAUAAAAAGGAUUAUAUAUUUUAAGUAAACGAAUAAGAAAGAGGAAAACUGGGAAUUGUGAACAGACGGUAGUGCGUUUAUAGUGAAAAUUAAGUCCGUGGAAGCAUGUUCAAGUAUGCAAAAGUUUUGACGAAUUAUAAGAAUGUGUCACAUCAAGCAUCUUGGUAUCAGCGAAAGAGGUAAUGAAGAAAGCAAAUCUUUUAAAUAGGGCUGCAUGUUUUCAUCACAUUCCUUGACGAUGAUAUGUUACGACUAGUAAGUGUCAUGCCUGAACGAGAAAUUCUUGAUGACUUUAAGCCCGGUUUACUCUGUUGACGUUCACACUCACAGAUCGCUGCUGAUUGGUGGCAUGGUCCAUGACCCGCCAAUCGGCGUCGGAAGACGGUUUUCCUUGCGAAUGUCAGCCGUCAGGUCCGAAGCAAUCGGUAUCUCGGGAACGUAUGUCGUUUUUCGCAAUCCUUUGUGUAUCCAACGAAUGAUCAAUGUGUUACGAUUACCAUUCACUUGAGAUUAUUCAGAAUAUUACUCUACGUUGUUUCACAUAUUGUGAUAAAAUAUUUCCUAAACGCACAAAAGUUUUAUAAUAUGUACAAAUGCAAAUCUAUCUAUAAUCUUUUGCAAUAAGUGUAUUAAAAUACUCAAAAUGUCAUGAAGAUGUUUGCAAGGUAUUGAAAACCUUGGAUUAUUGUCUCAGUGGAGAAACUGAGUUACUGCCUGCCAACAAUAGCACACCUACAUUCUUUUCAACUACACGGUGAAUCUCAUAAAAUAUAAUGGCUGUCAGAAAAGUUUUAAUGAACAUUCAGUGUUAAAUACAUGAUACCUGAAUUAAACACAUUAUCCUAUACAUUCAGAAUACUCUAACUGUUAAAGAACAAAUUCAAUAAAAAUAUAUAAAAUUGACUGAAUAUAUGAAUUUAAAAAGAAUAUAAUAAUUUUAGUGACUCUAUUUUAUUAUACAAAAAAAAAGUAUAUUAAUGUAUGAUUACAAUACUCUGCGGUAUUUUUGUCCUAUUGGUCAAAUUAAAUAAUGAAUUUAAAAGGAAGCUUUAAGAAAGAUUUGGAAAUACUUUACUAUUUCUGUAUAUUAUGUACUGCGAUGAAAGAAAAAUAAUAUUUACAAAUUUUUAUUUUGUUGAACUAAUUCAUAUAUCAGAUUUGACUUGCUGUGUAUAAAUAAGGUUUUUAGUUUAUGAAUACUGGAUAAUUUUGAGUGGAUUUGACAAAAUUAAAUUAAUAUAAAUAAUACUUGUAAAUAAAUUCAGAAAUCAGUGAGACUAUAUCAGUGAACAUUUUUAAACAAAAUGUAUAAAAGUUAUUUUAAACCUUUGUAUCAAUGGCUGUACAUAAUUGAAAAACAGAAAAGAGGAGAAAGAAUACAUUUGAAAUUUUGCCUGGAUGACAGAGGACAAGUUUGUUAACCCUAUAAAGAACAAGGGUUAAGAAGAUGGACAACUGUGGUUCAGGAGUAGUGCAAGUAUUUGUGGGUGAAUGGAGCCCAGAAUAUGAAGCACUGUCAAUUAAAGCAACAAAACAAACUUCAUCAGCUGAGAUAGUGGAAUGCAUUAUAGAAAGGCUUGGAUUAGUUGAUCCUUCUGUUGGUUACGAAUUAGCAGAAGUUGUAGGAAAUUCUGUUGGGCAAGAGUGUAAAGAAAGAAGACUUGGGCCAUCCGAGUGUCCUGUGGCUCUUAUGUUACUAUGGCCAAAAAGUGCAGCACAACAAGAAUAUUACAGGUUUUACUUGCGAAAAAAGCAAUCAGAUUAUUUAUGGUCAGACAGUAGAUUUCCCAUGGAUCCACAACUCUUAAAGGACUAUUUUAAUAGAUUCCUGUAUCAACCACGUGACAAAGAAUAUCCAGAUCUAUGUCAGCUACCAGAUCUUAAUGAACAAACCCUAUUGGACAACCUUCGGGCUAGGUUUUUAGCUGGAAACAUAUAUACAUAUGUUGGCAGCAUAUUAAUUGCAUUGAAUCCCUUUAAAUUCUAUCCUAUCUAUAAUCCAAAAUAUGUAAAACUCUAUCAAAACAGAAGAUUGGGGCCAGAUAUACCUCCACAUAUAUUUGCCAUAGCUGAUGCAGCUUACCACUGCAUGCUUAAAGAAAAAAGAAAUCAAUGCAUUGUUAUUAGCGGUGAGAGUGGUUCUGGUAAAACAGAAUCAACAAAUUUUUUACUGCAUCAUUUAACAGCACUUAGCCAGAAAGGUUCUCACGGUAGUGGUGUUGAACAGACAAUACUUAGCGCUGGUCCAGUACUAGAAGCAUUCGGAAACGCAAAAACUGCACACAACAACAACAGUAGUCGGUUCGGUAAAUUCAUACAGGUGAAUUACAAAGAAAAUGGAAUGGUGCACGGGGCUGUUGUACAAAAGUAUCUUUUGGAAAAAUCAAGAAUAGUUUCUCAAGGACGAAAUGAAAGAAAUUACCAUGUAUUCUAUUACCUCUUGGCUGGUGCAAGUGAACAGGAAAAACAACUUCUGCAUUUAGAAAGUUGUGAUCGUUAUAAUUAUUUAAACAAAAGUGGUUGUUAUGGAUUGGAAAAUAUCGACGAGCGACAUGAAUUUUCGAGACUGAAACAAUCUAUGGAAAUGGUUGGAUUUACACCAGAAAAACAGAGACGAUUGUUUGCAGUUCUGUCAGCUGUUCUUCUACUCGGCAAUGUGGAAUUUCAGCCGAGAAAAUCUUAUCACCAUCACGAUGAAGCUGUCGGAGUGAAAAAUCCUGAAGUGGUUGCAUUGAUAUCUGAACUCCUUAGAGUCAAACAGGAGACCCUUUUGGCCGCACUUACCGCCAAACGUGCGAGGGCUUCCGGAGAAACUUUAGUAAUUAACUAUAGACUUCCGGAAGCAAUCGCGGCGAGAGAUGCUAUGGCCAAAUGUUUGUAUGGAGCUUUGUUUGAUUGGAUUGUGCUGCAGGUGAAUCAUGCUUUGCUUUCAAAAAAAGAUACUCUCAGAGAUCAUCAAGGCAAUAGCAUUGGUGUAUUAGAUAUUUUUGGUUUCGAAGAUUUUAAAACGUGCAAUAGUUUCGAACAAUUAUGUAUAAAUUAUGCAAACGAACAGUUACAACAUUAUUUCAAUCAACAUGUUUUUCAAUAUGAACAACGAGAGUACAGAAAGCAGGGGAUUAGGUGGACAGAUAUCGGAUACAGUGAUAAUUCCGGCUGUUUAAACUUAAUCGAAGGAAAGCCGAAUGGCCUUCUCUGUCUCUUAGAUGAUCAGUGCAACUUUCCGGGUGCAACGAAUGAAACAUUGCUACAAAAAUUUAAUUCAGUACACAAAGACAAUCCAUUUUACGAGGCACCACAACGACGCGAAGCAGCUUUUGUUGUACGUCAUUAUGCCGGGGCUGUUAAAUACCAAGCUGCUAACAUGAGAGAAAAGAAUUUGGACUUGAUGCGACCCGACGGAGUAGUUGGUGUAUUGAAAAAUUCUUCCCUUGCUUUUGUUCGGGAAUUAGUGGGUGCAGAUCCGGUUGCUGUAUUCAGAUGGGCGAUACUUCGAGCAUUUUUUCGUGCUCAUUUUGCUUUCCAAGAAGCUGGUCGAGCUCAUAGACAUGGUAGAGCCGAUGGUACAAAAGCAUCUGUACAAAACAGGUAUAGGACGCCGAACGAGAAUUUGAUAAGUUCUCACAAACAUAAUCGUCCACCAAGCUAUCAGAAGCAGCGCAGUGUCUGCAUACCAUCAGCUAUACCCACUACCACAUUAUCUUCCAUACAACUCGAAACCAACGACAAUGUAAACAACAACCGAUUGUCGUGGCCACAAUUUCGAAACAUUAACCAAACGCAACACCCGUCAAAUGUCACCACAAUGAAGGGUUACUUAAUAAGGGGCAGGGAAGACCAGCCUCAUAGUAAUAAUAAACUCAGACGAGAUACUCAUACUCCGCUAGAGAGGGUGCUUCCAAAAGACGAAGCAAACGUCAUGGAACGCGCUAAUCAAAUAGUCAUGAAAAACAAAUCGUUUCGACCAAGAGAACGUGGCAAGAAAGGUUUAAAAAAUCUUCAAACCGUAAAGACUCUUGCUGGAAGAAUACAGAGCUACGGUACCGGACCCGGAAAAGCAAGAAAACAACCCAUGACAGUAUCGGCACAGUUCCAACAAAGUUUGCAUAGUCUUAUGGAUACUUUAAAUCAAGCAAAUCCGUUCUUCAUCAGAUGCAUUAAGAGCAAUGCUAAUAAAGUACCAAAUGAAUUUGACGAGGAAACUGUGCAACGACAAUUACGAUACACAGGAAUGUUAGAAACAGUUCGAAUAAGACAAGCUGGAUUUAAUGUUCGAUUAACAUACGAAGAAUUCAUUCAACUUUAUAGAAUGUUACUACCUAAGGGUCUGUUGAGCUCUCAAUCAGACGUUAGAGAUUUUCUGUUAACGUUGAAUCUCAACAGAGAUAAUUACCAGCUUGGAACAACUAAAGUAUUUCUCCGAGAAUCGGAAAAGAUUAAGUUGGACAUAGAGCUACAUCAGCAAAUUAUUACAAGUAUUACAACUAUACAGAAAUGGUUCCGAGCUUGUCUGGAAAGAAGGAAAUUUCUUAGACUAAGAAAUGCAGUUGUACAAAUACAAUCGUUCUGGAGAAUGGUAAUUGCUCAAAGAUUUGCGCAUUCCUUACGCUCCAGAAUCGAAGCUGCUACUCAUAUUCAAUCCGCUUGGAGGGCAUACAAACAGCAAAGUUGGUUUAAGAAGUUGAAAUCCUGUGUAAUUACCUUUCAAGCUCAUGUCCGGGGUAAUAACGCGAGAAAAGCUUUCGCGGAGCUCAAGAAACAGAAGAAGUUGCUCGUCGGUAAAAUUGGGGAGUAUAAGGAAAGUCAGGAUCAAAAAGAGCUUGCGUAUGACAAUAGCAAGAUAUACUCCCGACUGAGGGAUAGCGACGAAUCGCUGACGGAAGAUCAUGGACUUCUGGAAUACAACACCCUUCGCAAAUCGGAAUAUCAAAAUCGUUUACCAUCGACAAGAGCGGACAAUAUACUUCGAGAUAGCAAUAUCGAUACGAGUAUGUCAUAUUCCAAGCGUAAAGUUACGCCAACCACAAGAAUAUUACAGGAAUCUAGCGCUAUCUUAAGAAAUACAGAGCCAUCGUUUACUUCUGAAGAUUUUAAUGAGCGUAAAAGCAGUUUGGAAAGUUUGACCAGUUUAAGGAGCUAUGAAUCUCAAGUUAGCGUAAACAGCUCCGAGUCGCAAGAAAAUUCUUACUCUAAACCUGUACCGAGCACCAGAACAAAGCGGGGCGAUCAGUCGCCGGUGGUUGCAACAAACACAGGCCUGAUGAAUGCUUCCAGUCGGUUGUCGUCGGUUAAUAAACGAGCGGAUAGUUCAUCGACAGGCUACAGCGAUGGAGAAACUGAUACGGAGAUUCCAAGCGCUGUACAUAGUGCUCCGCCUGUUUUCAAUGCCACUCCACCAUUCCCAAGUCCCCGCGAAAUAAAAUACCACCAGUCUAACGUAAACUUAUCGCAUAGUCCAAAUUCAGAUGUCUGGCGUCGUAGAGCAGACCUUUCGUCCAUUAAUUAUAGUGAUUACUUGUUGUCUGGUCCGCAGAAAACAACGUUAACCCGUUCACCAAAUGUUUCUUGUUACAAAAAUAUUACCGACAAUAUGUUUGACCAAACGCAACAAGAGAAACCGCACGAAGCGUCGAAUUAUAACGUGAAACUGGAUCCGAACGAACGUUUCGUUCACAUGGAAAGCUCUUCGGGUAGGGAACAACGUAGAUUGAGCGACAAUAACGUACCAAGCGAGCGAAUCGAAAAUGUACCAGCUUCCUCUGCAAGACGCGAUCAGACCUACGUUCACUUCAAUUACUUAAGAAGACAAAAUUCGGAAGGUGAUACGUCUAUGAAGCUGGAUGCCGUGAACGAUGAAAAUGUCUUGAAGAGUUCUCUGCUGAAAGGAACAACGUCCAAGGAGAAGAACUCAAGACCGAAGGAAAAGUGUGAACCGGAUGUACCUGUUAGAAGUGCGAGAAGGAACCGACCGUCUCGCGAAGUCCAAUGUCGGUCCAUGGGCGAGAGCGUAUCAGAAGCUGGUUCUGGAGAAACAAAGAGUCUCUUCUUGGGUACCAUCAAGGAGAGCGAUCUGCACAAGUCUACGAACGUAAGAACUCGAAAAGAUAGCCCACACGAAGUUGCAUCAAGAUCGGUGACCGAUUGGCCCGUGAAUAAAAAUGAAUCCGGAUCGAAGACGCAACAACCUGGUAAACGUAUGAGAUCGAAUGCUAUAACGACCCUCGAGCUAAGAAGAAGAAAUUCGGAUCCAGCUACGAAGAUAUCGGGACUCAGCGAAGACAAAGCUGGAACCGAUACAAGUCCGAACGAUUUGAAACUCGCUCCUGGAAUGAAUCUUCUAGAAUGGAAGGGCAAUCUUUUCACCUUGGCCGGUCAUUGUUUUAGAAAAGUAGCAAGGUUCGCCAAAGACGACGUCUGUGUUUGCUGUCACGAAAAGAUGGACGCGUUCGUAACGCAGGGCUACAAGUGCAUCGAUUGCAAGCAGUUGUAUCACGUGAAAUGUAUUCAAAACGGCGGUGUACUUAAAAUGCCGUGCAUCUUAGCGAACACUCCGGGAAGACGAAAAAACCGGAAACCACCUCGUACACCUUACGACGCUUCGAAACAAACGGUAGCGCCCAAGUUCAGCUUAACCGGCACAUCAGCUUUCUCGGACAGUACGGACAAGAUAAUAUCCGAUGCGAAGGAAUUAGCACUGAUGCAGGAUUUCAUUACGAAGAAGAUAUACAUAAUGGAGGGUCAAGAGGAGGGCAGAAAACCCAGCGAAGUAGAUCGCGUGUUUAAACAAGCUCUGCGUAAAUUUAAGGACGAUCUAGUGAUCACUUACAGCGUUGCUAUACAACAACGCGUCGAGGGCAACAUCAAAUACACCGAUCUGAUCGCGAACUUCUUGCACGUGAUGGAAACGGUGUGCAAACAAGAGAAUACCACCGAAGAUUUUCCGGUAACGAUGGGCGUAAAUGCUUUCCGAGGAUUCAUGAACGAAUUUAUGACGCUAGUCAAAACCGAAGCACCGGAGAAACAGAGUAAAAGUAAACGUAAGAAGGAAAAGAAACGAAAGCAAGAGGAGCCCACGCGACAUGGUAAUCAUAUGUUCCAGUUAACUAUCAUAAACAUACCUACAGCCUGUGAGGUGUGCACGUCUUUCUUUAUGUGGCCUAUCGAGCGAGGACUUGUAUGUCAAAAUUGCAAGUUGACUUGUCACAAAAAGUGCUACAUGAGAGCAUCAGCGGAGUGCGGAAAGGAUGCGUCGUUGCACGAGAUGAACUCGCAUAAAGUUUUCGGUGUACCGUUGUACAAACUAGACUGUGGCGACGGCAAAGUGCCAGUGGUGGUGGAUCGAUUGAUCACGACUAUAGAGAUGCACGGUCUUUACACGGAGGGCAUCUAUCGAAAGAGCGGUGUCAGUUCCAAAGUGAAGGAGUUGAAAUUGAAAAUGGACGAAGGUGAUUUAGAGAAGGUGGAUUUCGAGAACUAUCAGGUACACGUGUUGGCAGCGGUAUUGAAAAGUUUCUUUCGGGAUAUGCCCGAGCCUCUGCUGACGUUCGAGUAUUACGAUGAUUUCCUGCACGCUGCUAAUCUGACGGAUCCUCGCGAUCGAAUCAGCACGCUUUUCGCCAUCCUGAAGAAGCUGCCCAAGCCUAACUUCGAUCUGAUGGAACGACUGAUCGUCCAUCUGGCAAGAGUGGCACUUCACGAAGUGGACAAUCGUAUGUCACCGUCAGCCUUGGCGAUAGUCUUCGCGCCGUGCAUCUUGAGGACGAACAGAGCGUUACCAGCGCAAGAUUCCUUGCAAGACGUUGGCAGGCAAACCUGUUGCGUUGAGACUAUCGUCCAAGAAAAACUUAGAGUCGUGCGAGCGACUUUAGCCGAUAUAAAUACUCUGGAGUCAGCCUGUCACACGGCGACUCAUCGUUUAUCCAGUUUACGAUCCUCGAAGAUCUUCAGUCCAGAAGAAUUGAACGCGGCGACCCCGAACGCAACCGCGAGAUGCGGCCCUACGGAUCGGGACAGAGAUCGAGGCGACGAAGAAGAAGCAAUUCUCGUCGAUCAUAUACAGGAAAUCCAGAAGGAAAAGGCCCUAUUAACUUCGACUCUCCCUAGCCUAACGAGAGCUUCUUCAGACGACGACCUACUUCUAUCUGCCACGGACCUGGAUGAUGGGUCCCUCGAUGAUCUUCUUCCAUCUUCUGCCGAUGGACUCGUAAGGAAGAAACCAAUCCAGAGGCAAAGUUCCGCGGACAAUGCAUUUCCUACGAUCAUCAGUGUCGACGAGGACAUGGUAAUGGUAUGACCAUCGACGGUUACCACCAAGGAUGAUCGUUAAGUGUAGCAACAUGACACACGCUGUGAAGCGUCGACUGACGGCAGCGAAUCGACGAGUCUGUUACUCCUGGUCUCAUCGGCAAGCCGCUAGUAAUUUAAAUAAGUAGUAAAACACGACAUUAGGUAGGUCUCUUAGUAAUUUGUUCCACGCGAAGUUACAAUUAAUUCGAUUAAACACAUGCAUAUAAAUAUAUAUAUAUAUAUAUAUUACAUACAUACAUACAUACAUACAUACAUACAUACAUACAUACAUACACACACAUACAUACAUAUAUAUAUUUUUCACUCUAUCGCAAAGCUUUCAAAGAUUUCUAAAAAUGAGAAAAAGGAUGAUUAACAAAUAAGCGAGCAUCAUACGGCUUCACGUGAAAUGAACUAAAAUAUUCAUUUUAUAUAAUAUAUUUUUCUCUUGGAAUGCAUUCCUCUUAUCGAAGACUGUCAAUCAGGCUAGAUGUUUAGAUGAGAACCAUUGAUACUGUUUUUGUAUCAUAUUGAAAGGUAUUCUACGCUUAGAAUAUCGGUUGUUUUCACUUUGUCAUGUUUCGUUUGUCUGUAGGUGCGACGUCAACGGUAGUAGAUGUACGUACAAAAUCAUUAACACAGUUAUAUGUGGUCGUUAAGAUAGAGAGAAACGAUUGUCCGUUAUUGUUACGAAUAAUUAGUCUCAUUUAAAAUUCUCGUUCUCAUCCCUACCGUAUCUUAUUUAUCGGUUCGUUUGAAAACGAUCACUCUCGUUUCAACAUCCUUGUUCUCCGCUGUUUUACAGAUUUUAUAGACUGUUGCGUGAAUCACACACGAUAUGGUAACUUGUUUUCUUCCUAACGAAAGCGUGGUAACCGCUUUCUCUGACAAUCGCAAGCCUCGAUACGAAAGCAUCAUUCGCGUGUUUUUUGUUAUCAGGAUGAUAAGGAAGGAUAGAGUUGUGUCGACAAUCAAAGGUUCGACAGGAAGGUUUCAACGAGACACCUUGUCAGGUUUCGUUUUUCUUUUACCAGACGUGUUUCGUUGACUUUCUUACAUUUUUUUUUUCAUUCUAUUUCAUUUUUUUUUUCUUUUUUUUUAUAUAAAUAAAUAGAAUACUCGCGUAGCGCUAUAGAUAGUUAUUCGGAUCGCUGGUUGAAGCAAGGGAUUCGAAUCUCGUGGGAAGAAGGAAGGAGGAAACCAAAAUGUAGCUUGUACAUAUUAUUAUACGUAUUAAUGAGUAUCUCGUAAUAAUCUGUUAUUAUUGUUAACUUUACGAGAGACGUUACCAAGAUAAUAUUUCUACUGUCGAUAUUCGUCGUGUAGGGCUUACACACGCCUAUCUGUCGAUAAUACACGUAAACACAUACUUAUAUUUACACCCAGAUACACAGGGCCUGCCAAUUUUUCUUCUUUUCCUUCGUAUCAGUUUUUACUUAGGACACUUCCUUUCAUUCAGAGACUUCUUUAUAUAUAUAUAUAUAUAUAUAUAUAAAUAUACAUAUAUACAUAAACGCGUCCAUGGAGAUCACAUGGAGGACAUUUAUAUACACGAGUACUUAUGUAUAUACAGAGAUUUUGUGUGCACAGGAUUGAGCAGACAGUUUUCUUUUUUUUCUUCUUUUUUUUACUUAAGAUUUAUUACGAUUUCGUUUUAGUUUCCCUGUCGUCCAGUGCCUUUUUUCUUUUUUAAUUUCCCUCUCUUUUUUUUUUUUAAUACAUCAGCUGGCGUGUAGUUGCACCAUUAUCCUAUUUGGUGCGUCUUCCCCGCAAAUUCGAAGAAUUAGAAAUCUCGAAACCGCGGCUCGCGAACGCGCACAGAUUUUAAUGAAAUUUUAUUUCUGUCGCAUAUUAUAGGUUUUUAAUACGAUCAUCGCUUCGUUUCUCUUCAUGUUUCUCGUUCUUCAUCAUCUUCUUCUCUCGACUCGCGAAGUCUACAUAUUCGUGUUUACGUUCGUUUUAGAAUGAUCGAUUAACGACCCCGACUGUUUUUUAACUGUUCGUGUGUUCGUGUUCUCGCGCGUCGCUCUUCUUUUUUAAGCUCGCCCUCGUUGAUCCGGAACGCGAGAGGCGGCUUUGAGAUUCCUUGUUUUACGGUUGAUCGAUUUUUACACUGAUUAGGAUAGGAUCGUUGCCCCGGACUACGUUUCGUUCGACUAUCGCGAACCAGUUCGUAGUGUGUUUUUUAAACGUUAAAGGAUGUUAAAGAAAUGUUAAAUGCUUCCAAUAUUAAAUCGAGUUUACGAACGUCCAUGACAUCCCGAGCGAUCAUUCGUACCGAUAUCAGGUCGAUUGAUUAUUUUGCUCGAUGUCGAAACUGUUCUUCGUUGCGUUUCCAUGUUUAGCGAAUAGUCGAGAGUUUCGCCGCGUGAAAGCUGGAAAAACGUACUUUUACCGAUCAAAGUGCUGAUGAAUCAACGAGAAAGGAAUAUGGUAAACUGUGCCAUCGUAGAAAGGAAUAUCCACUGUAAAAUGUCCCUUUCGUUUGAUGCUCACCUUUUAUCUUAUGUUAAUAAGUAUUCUGGCAUUUUUAUUAUCAACAUACGCGAUCGUUCUAUGAUUUAUCUUAAUUUUCAUCUGUGUAGUCAAAGAUUGAAUGGCAAUUGAUUUACAUCUCAUAACUCGUUCACUUUACGUUCUUCCCCUUUUUCAUUUUUCUUUUUUCCACUCCAUACUUUCGAUCGGUAGCGCAGGUACGUACAAAGAGGAGGGUGUACAUUGGUUGAACAUUCUUUCUGUUGAAAGCGUUGCUGUUGAUUUCAUUGCGUGGCUUGUAAUGAGUUCGUUAAUUGUUUCGUUGAAAAGAAAGAUUGACCGAAAGAAGGGUUGAUUAUGUAUUUCGGCUAGUCUCUGUUGUCGCUUGUUGAAUUGGUCGACUCGUUUCUCCAUCGGCCGCGAGCAAGUUUCCGUUUGUUUUUUCACUUCGAAAGAUUUAUUAGACAGGUCGCCACGGUUGGGUAGAGCUUGUAAAUUCCAGUUAGAGCGUCGCCCGUGGCGCAACUUUUGGUAGUCUAACCCGUCUAACGAAUAAGAGCUAAUCGUUGAUCUGUAAAUGAUCGUUUCACGCAAACGUUUUACGCUUCUAUUGUGCAAGGUGCCUCGCGCGAGUAUCGAGCGCACAAAUGUGUAUCGUCUAUCUGGAUCGUGAAGGGAGGAAAGUGAACGAUGAUCGAAGGAACGACCACUUAGCUCGCGUUGAACGAUCUCUCGAGGACCCUUUGUGUUUUUCAUUAGAGCGAAAAUUUCACCUUUUCGAUUUAUAAUUUAAGCAAGAAAUUAAGCGAACGACCUAAGUUAUAAAUUUGAAGAAAUUGGAUUUAUUACUAGUCUUAUGUUGCAAAAAGAAUCACGACAAUCUCGAGGUAGGUAACUUAGGUCGGCGAGAAAAAAUUUUCGUUUGAAAUUUUCGCUCUGUAGGACAAUUGGAUCGCAGUCUGUACAUAGGCAAAGUUAAUGGCGCGAGGAAAGGAACUCUUCAUGACAAUAUCGCCCCGAAAAAAAAAAAAAAAAAAAAAUCCUAAGUAACUCCGUCGCGUGCAGUCACACUGGCGUAUACUUCUCAUAACACGCUCCGCUCUAUAUUUUUCUGUCUUCGAGAUUUAGCUUCGCGACGUUUCUUUGAACGUCGUCGCGAUCGGAGCUCCUAGACAAUCUGCGUCGACCUUGUUCUUCCGAGAAAUCGAACCAACAGGAUGCUCGGCGAAACGGGAACGACCGACGAUAACCGUCGCAAACGGAGACGAGAGAGAGAGUAUCGUUCCACUUUCGGCUGAAUUCUAUGAAAUACGCUUAUUACAGUUAUAGGUGCGACGGAUCGCGGUCGUUGUUCUCCGAGGUAGUCUCCGAUUGUUCGCGAAGUGUCGCUAGCAAAAAGAGGUGUUCUCGCGUAUAAUCGCACGGCUACUUCCGUUUCGGGAGCAUCUUGCACGAGAAUUCUCGAGUACGCGACGCGACGUUGAGGAAGGUCGAGGCAGGCGCUGCUCGAAGCUCCGAAACUCGAGGUGUCUGGUAUCGAUCGAGACAGUAUCAUCUGAUGUUCGAUGAUUAUGCUGAAACGUCGCGACAUUAAGCAACGCUCUUCCCAUUUGCAUCUCUUGGCGAAGAAGUGUAAAAUCGUGAUCGAACUGUCCAAGCCCGUCGCGCUCUUUCCCCAAGAGAAUCAGCGACGUUUAAUUAAUCUUAGAAAGGUAGACGAGUACAAGGGAAAUGGUGUCUGGCACCAUUCAGACCCGUACUAAUUACCAUAAUUUCAUCUUCACUAUUUGCACGAUACAUGUCAAUUUUUUCGAAACUUAUUACAUUUAACAUUUCUAUAUUUAUCAUCAUUCUACAUACACAAAAACAAAAUUCAAAUGAAAUUAUUAAUAAUACUUUCAUCAGAUACCCAGACAUCACCGUACGAGUGGCAAGUUUUCUACCUUUCUUUCAAAGCAAUCAAAAGCUUGGACACUUCGGUCGUUGUAUUUAUACAUACCUUAUAUAAACACACAAAUACAUACAUACCUGUUGUUAUUUUUCUUCAAAGAACAAGUGAGCGUGCACGUGUGAUAACAUAGAACGAAUUUUCGAAUGGAGAACAGGCGUGUGGUGGUGUGUCGCGUGAAGGACGAUAUGAAUAUACAUAUAUAAAUAUGAUAUAUAUAUAGAUGCAUUAUAAAUAGGUAGAUAUACGCGGAAUCGCGUAGGUGUUGCGAAAAGAAUGGGCGGCUGGCUCGUUCCUUCGUCGUUCAAUCGGGAGAUCACGCGCCCUUCGAAUACACCUGAGAAACCGAACAAAGAACAGUAUCCAGAAGAAAGGGCACUCAUACACGUGUAUCUAUAUAAAAGAAAAAAAUUUAUAGGUAUAUAAGGCGCGCGAAGGGUCGAAAAGAACAGGGCAACCUGUCGACGAGUUGGUUUCGAUCUUUUUCUUCUUUUCAUCCACGCGAAUCCUCUCGUUGACUCCUGCUCUCUUCGACUUCUCGACGAUACUCAUGGGACGACUUUCUCAACGAUUUUACGAUUGCUCUUUCUUUUCCUCUUUUCAUCUUUUCGCGGCACGCGACCGUCGCGCGUAGAUAACACUCGACGAGUACGCGUUCAUCAGUCGGCUGCCUAUUUCUUCGUCGUUGUCCGUUGCGUCUGCUGCGAGCCUGUAACUAAAGGGUAACGUCGAUCAGUUUCGCGGACACGGUGGAAGUUUUCGAGGAAAGUAAGGAAAGUAUAAGAUGAUAAAGAAAAGAAAGCGUUUCGUGGAUGAUGUUCCUUCUCGCGAUCCAAGAUUCCACUUGUACCACUCGAAACGGACCUUCUCUAUGGGAUAAGUUUCAAGUCUCCAGCUGGGAAAACUUCCGCCCGUUAAGGUCGUUCCGAGCACGUGGAGCAUGCGGUUGUUUCGCUGGAUUCGAUGCUAUCCUCGGACGCGUAUUAAGAGCAGACGUUUCUCUGGUCGCGCGUGUAGAUAAUUGCGCGUCGAUCCACGAAAUACCACCAACGAUCUCCUUUUUUGCUCAAACGACACGUUUUUCCCUUUCGUUUCGUCCAUCGUCCCCGUGUUUCCCCGUUCGAUUCUUCUUCUAUUUCCUGCUCAUAGAAUUUCCUCCAUUUUCUUUCCAUCCCGUUCAUAGUCGAUCGUUUGUUCGCUCUUUAACUCGUUCCGUGUCGGGUGAAUUUUAACGCGUUGAAUGCCGUAUCUUACUUUGCCUAAUUAGUAUUAAAAUUUAUUUCAGUUAUACGAUUGUAUUAAAUUCGUGGUGUCGUUUACCGAUAACCCCUUCAGGCAGCCAGCGUGUUAAUAUUCUGAACGGUAACCCUGCCUAGAAUCACGAAUAUUUUAUAAAUUAUGACAGUUCUUAUUAGCCGUGGAAAAAUUAGGGUCAGAAGGGUAAAUUGUCGAGAAUGAAACGAAUGGAGCAGUCUUCACCUGUAUUAGCAAACGAUCGAAACGAAUGACACGUGUAACGCACGACACAUUGUUUCCUUCUUUCUACUUCUUCCAGUUUCUCUCGUUGAACGACCAUUCGAGCUGGCAAUAAACGCGAACAACGAUCCUAGGUGUGUCUCGAAAUACGAUUCACCUCUUUUUUUUUCUUUGCUCUAAUGUCCGGACAGUAGCGAUGCGGUCCUCUGUGAAACAAGCAAAAAGGGUGCAGUCCUUCUUCUGUCUCUCUAAAACCCUUCUUUUCUUUUAUCUGGCUGCUUUUAAGCGGAAUUACAACCAGGAUGUGUAGAAAGGUUCAUGAAUAACGUGUCUAGCGAAUAGCUAACGUUUCAUCCCUUACACGCCCGCGAUUUUUAUUCUUUGCUCAGAUUCGCCGUCAUGAAAUAAAGAUACUCGACGGUGGAUAAUCCAACAGGAUGAAUUCGUCGUGCGUUACACGUGACUUUUCCUAUGGAUUUUCAAAUCAUUUUACGUACCAGAGUUUAUGCGUUUAAAUGGAAGGGUUGUAAUUCCGAUCGACGAUUCGAAACGAAAGAUGCCAACGACAAGAGGAGGUCGCUGAAAAAGGUAUAUUCCGUGUUUCGUGAAUCGUAUUUUUUUUUUCUUUUUUUUAACGUUUAGGGGAAAGUUCACCGAUUUCAUCCGCGAAUCUAAUAAAACGUUUACCGGCGCGAACGAACGAGCGAGCGGGCGUAUUUUGCGUGUGGUGUGCGUGCGGUGCGCGUCUGUUUCGCUUGUCUGCGUGGGAUACUAGUGCGUUCGCGAGACGGUGUGCAAGGUUACUCUCCGUGAUCGACUGUAAUUUUAUAUAAUAUUUGUAAGGCAAAAGAAAUAUUAUGUACAGCAUACCUGAUAGUAAAUAAUAAGUAUCUACCUUAUACCUAAA